UUCCUCCAAAACAAUACAAAAUGCCUAAUCCCAUUCCCAUCAUUCAUUAAUCUUGCACGAAUCUCAUGUACGCCACCAUAACCACCACUACUUUUUGAAUUCCACAACUCUUUCUUCUUCCCUUAAUUCCAGAUUCCCACUCUCAUUUUCUCCAUCUUCACGCAUCCAAGGAGGAGCUUCACAACACCUGCGCUGCUCCCUUUUCACUACUCAUAAUGGAUAAUGGCGUUUGCCCGAGUUUAUUUCCACUGCACCGCAGCAAAACCAUCCACCUGGUGAGGCAUGCUCAGGGAAUCCACAAUGUAGAAGGAGAUAAGAACUACAAAGCUUAUAUGUCUCCAGAAUAUUUUGAUGCUCACCUAACUCAGUUGGGUUGGCAACAGGUUGACAACCUACGUAAGCAUGUCCAUUCAAGUGGCCUCAUAAAGAGCAUUGAUUUGGUCAUUACGUCUCCGUUAUUAAGGACCAUCCAAACAGCUGUUGGGGUAUUUGGUGGUGAGGCCUAUUCCGACAAGAUGGAUAAUUUACCACUAAUGGUGAGAAAUGCUGGAAAUAGUGAUCGGACUGCUAUUUCAAGUCUUGAUUGCCCACCUAUUGUUGCAGUUGAAAUCUGUCGAGAACAUCUGGGUGUUCAUCCUUGUGAUAAGAGGAGAAGCAUUAGUGAAUAUCAGUCCCUUUUUCCAGCGGUUGAUUUUUCACUGAUAGAGAGUGAUGAUGAUGUAUUAUGGAAGGCUGAUGUCAGAGAGACCAAUGGUGAGGUUGCAGCUAGAGGAAUGAACUUCAUGAACUGGUUGUUCACACGGAAAGAGGAGGAGAUAGCAAUAGUUACACACAAUGGGUUCUUGUUCCACACACUGGCAGCGUUUGGUAACAGCUUUCACCCUCUUGUGAAGAAAGAAAUCUCUCGCCAUUUUGCCAACUGCGAGCUUCGUUCCAUGGUUAUCCUUGACAGAGGCAUGGUUGGGUCGCAUUGUUCAUCAACCAACUUUCCCGGAAAGAUUCCAUCCGGACUGGAUUCGCCUAGUGAUGUCGCUGCUGAUAGCAAGAAGCAAGAGGAGUGACUAAAGUCGCUGCUGCAUUGAUUGAGAAUGUCUUAGCUGAUGGAUGAGGCAGUCGAGACUAAUUAAGCACACGAUGCUUCAGUAAGUGGACAUUCAUAGAAUCAUUUCGUGCUCAUCAGAAAUAAGGUGCCUUGUCUAAUUAUUUUCUUUGAAUAUUCAGUGCCAUGUACGACAUGACUGAGUUUCUUCACCAUCUCAAUUCACAUCUAUUAUUUGCGAAUUUGUGGUUGAAUAAUUGAUAA